AUGACCGCCUCCUUCAACUGGACGGCCCUAGCGGUCGCCAUAACAGCCGUCUUCAUAUUCUGGACCCUCAGCUCAACAACCUCCUCUCCUUUCACGCGCAGCUUCCCCCGCCUUCGAAACAAGCGCAUCUGCCUCCUAAUCGCCCACCCAGACGACGAAGCCAUGUUCUUCGCCCCAACAGUCCUAGCCCUAACAAGACCAGAGCUGGGCAACCACCUCAAAAUCCUCUGCCUGAGCACCGGCGACGCCGACGGCCUAGGCCCAAUACGCACGAAGGAGCUGCAGAAAUCGGCACUGGCGCUCGGCGUCCGCAGCGAGAGCGACGUCUUCAUCGUCGACGACCCCGCCCGCUUCCCGGACGGCAUGGCCAACGACUGGGAAGAGGGAGCUGUGGCGGCGCUGCUGGCAUCAGCCUUCGCGCCGGAUAUGGCCAAGAACGCGAAGAGCGGGCGCGCACCCACCGCGACGAUCGAUGUUAUUCUUACGUUUGAUAAGUUCGGCAUUAGUAACCAUCCGAAUCACCGGUCGCUGUAUCAUGGGGCUGUGAACUUCUUGCGCGCUGUCAUGAAGGAUAAGCAUGGCUUUACUUGCCCUGUUACGCUGUAUACGCUUACGACGACGUCCAUCUUCCGCAAGUAUGCGGGUGUGCUUGAUGCGCCGUUGUCUAUGUUUUUGGGUGUGUGGAGUAACAUUUCUGGUGGGCUGAUGGGGUCGAAGAAGAAGGAUGCUGCUGCUUCUGGGGAGGGUCCGGCGCGGUUGUUGUUCGUUAGCUCGAUUAAUGAGUGGUUGACGGCGCAGUCGGCUAUGGUGAGCUGUCAUCAGAGUCAGAUGGUCUGGUUCCGCUGGGGUUGGAUUACUAUCGGCAGAUAUAUGACUGUCAAUGACCUUAAGCGGGAGAAAGUCUGA